AUGUCCAGAAGGUCGGUGAACCCGAGCCGGCGGGUGUCGGACGGGAGUCUGCCGUCCGUCGGCGGCCUGUUCCACCCCAAGUCACGCUCGCCUCCCGUGCUCACCUUUGCCCUCGUCGUCCUGGGUGUCAUCCUUCUCAUCGCCUACUUCAACAGCGGCUCAGGUGUAACUGUUACAAGCAGAGAGGCUGUGACCAGGUCUGAAGGUUCUUGCACAUCAGAAGUUAUGCGGGCACUUCCAUAUCUUAAAAAGGCAUAUGGCAAUGCCAUGCAAAAGGUUCUCCAUGUAGGCCCUGAUAGCUGUACAGUAGUUUCUAAUUUGUUGAAAGAAGGAAAAGUUGAAGCUUGGGGAGUGGAGCCUUAUGAUUUGGAGGAUACUGACAGUACUUGCAAAAGCCUCGUGCGCAAGGGCUUUGUCCGUAUGUCUGAUAUUAAGUUCCCCCUUCCAUACCGUCCAGAUUCUUUUAAUCUUGUUGUUGUGUCAGAUGCUUUAGAUUAUCUGACCCCAAGGUAUCUGAACAAAACGCUUCCGGAUUUAGCAAGGGUUUCCACAGAUGGCCUUGUUAUUUUUGCUGGCAAUCCGGGUCAGCAGAAAGCUAAGGUCUCAGAACUACCAAAAUUUGGAAGACCGGCAAAAUUGCGGAGUUCUUCAUGGUGGACACGAUACUUUGUCCAGACUGGCUUGACAGAGAACGAAGGGCCACUGAAGAAAUUUGAAGAGGCUACAUCCAAUAACAAAUACAAACCAGACUGUCAGAUCUUCCACCUAAGUUCACCAAGGCAGAAGCCCAUUGGUGCGGUUGUUUAUAUAUGGAGGAUUGGAUUGGUCUUCCUCAUCUGUCCUCUCCCCCAAGACCAGAAUCUGAAACCCAGAGCAACACCGGAUUUGCCACCAGCAGGGAGCAGGCAGCAGUUGUUUAGUGAGCGACAGAGCGGAAUCAUGGAGGGCCUGCUGCCGUUCCUGUACCGGGCCAUCCUCCACCUCGCCAACGGCGGGCAGACGCCCAUCGGCAACCCCUUCCGCAACGAGUCGCCGCCGGAGUCGCCAGCGCCCUACUACGUCCGCCUCGCCGGCGCCGGCGCCGACGUGCGGGGCUUCCUCUCCUCCGCGGCGCGCGGCUACUACGAUCGCGGGUGA